AUGGAAAAGUCGUCAUCUUGCAGUGAGAGAGAUAAGGCGGCUUAUAUAGCGGUGAGGACGAUUUUAAAAGAAAUAGUAGAAAAGCUGCCUGCGGACGUAGUAGAGUUGUUAAAAGAAAACGACUCUUUGAUAUCGGGGGAAGUCGAUCUGCCAUAUAAGGCCCGAAAAUUGUUCACCAAAUUUGUAAAAACAUAUGAGCAAUUGAUGGGGACUGAAUUUCGUCUAAGAGAUAUGGAUGGAAUCAGCUUCCCAAGUGGCAUUCGAGAUCCUCAGCACAGGGCAGAUGCGGGGACG